GCCCUCCCGAGCGCCGGAAGCGGCGGCGCGCGGGGCGCCGCGGGAGCGUCAGCCCGGCAAGAUGGCGGAGUCUGCAAAUGCCACCCAUGAAGUCAUCAAUGCCACCCUCCACGCCUUGCUGGCCGCUACUACCAAGCUGGUGGCACCUACACCUCCCAAACCCAUCCUUCCAGUUCAGACUGGAGUCCAGGCACAGCAAGAGGAACAGUCUAGUGGCAUGACGAUUUUUUUUAGUCUUCUUGUUAUAGCUAUUUGCAUCAUAUUGGUGCAUUUACUGAUAGAAUACCGGCUUCAUUUUUUACCAGAGAGCGUGGCUGUUGUUUCCUUAGGUAUCCUGAUGGGAGCUUUUAUAAAAAUCAUAGAGGCUCAAAAGCUGGCCAACUGGAAGGAAGAAGAAAUGUUUCGUCCAAAUAUGUUUUUUCUGCUUUUGCUUCCACCUAUUAUAUUUGAAUCUGGAUAUUCACUGCACAAGGGUAAUUUUUUUCAGAACAUUGGUUCCAUCAUUCUGUUCUCAGUAUUUGGCACUGCCAUAUCAGCUUUCAUUGUAGGUGGAGGAAUUUAUUUCCUGGGCCGGGCUGAUGUAAUUUAUAAACUCAACAUGACAGACAGCUUUGCAUUCGGCUCUUUAAUAUCUGCAGUUGACCCUGUGGCUACUAUUGCCAUUUUCAAUGCCCUUAAUGUGGAUCCUGUGCUUAACAUGUUGGUUUUUGGAGAAAGUAUUCUCAACGAUGCAGUCUCGAUUGUCCUCACCAACACAGCAGAAGGUUUGACGAGGGAAAAUAUGUCAGAUGUAAGUGGAUGGCAAACCUUUCUGCAGGCACUGGGAUACUUCCUCAAGAUGUUCUUUGGCUCUGCAGCACUUGGCACACUUACUGGUCUUAUUUCUGCAUUAGUACUAAAGCACAUUGAUUUAAGGAAGACACCUUCCCUAGAAUUUGGGAUGAUGAUUAUCUUUGCUUACCUUCCUUAUGGCCUCGCAGAAGGGAUCUCACUCUCAGGUAUCAUGGCAAUCCUGUUCUCUGGCAUCGUGAUGUCUCACUACACACACCACAACCUGUCCCCGGUGACGCAGAUCCUGAUGCAGCAGACACUCAGAACUGUUGCUUUCAUGUGUGAAACGUGUGUUUUUGCAUUUCUUGGCCUGUCAAUUUUUAGUUUUCCUCACAAGUUUGAAAUGUCCUUUGUCAUCUGGUGCAUAGUGCUGGUUCUGUUUGGUAGAGCAGUGAAUAUUUUUCCACUUUCCUACCUACUCAACUUUUUCCGUGACCAUAAAAUCACUCCCAAGAUGAUGUUUAUCAUGUGGUUUAGUGGAUUGCGUGGUGCCAUUCCCUAUGCCCUCAGCCUCCACCUGGGCCUGGAGCCCAUCGAGAAGCGGCAGCUCAUCGGCACCACGACCAUCAUCAUCGUGCUCUUCACCAUCCUGCUGCUGGGAGGGGGAACCAUGCCCCUCAUCAGGCUCGUGGACAUCGAGGACUCCAAACCACGCAAGAGGAACAAGAAGGACGUCAAUCUUAGCAAGACAGAGAAGAUGGGAAACACGAUAGAAUCCGAGCAUUUAUCAGAGCUCACAGAGGAGGAAUAUGAAGCCCAGUACAUAAAACGCCAGAACCUCAAAGGGUUUAUGCGCCUUGAUGUCGAGUAUUUGAAUCCUUUCUUCACCAGAAGACUCACACAAGAGGACCUGCACGACGGGCGCAUCCAGAUGAAGACCCUGACCAACAAGUGGUACGAGGAGGUGCGGCAGGGCCCCUCGGGCUCCGAGGACGACGAGCAGGAGCUGCUGCAGCAGAGCGGGGCCGGGGCGCGCUGAGCCCCUGGCAAGGGCACAGAGCCCCACUGCACAGACCCCCUCUACACAGAGCCCCGCUGCACAGAGCUCUGCUGCUCAGAGCCCCUCUACACAGAGCCCCUCUGCUGCACAGAGCCCCUCGACACAGAGCCCCUCUGCGGCAUAGAGCCCCUCUGCUGCACAGAGCUCUGCUGCUCAGAGCCCCUCUGCCGCUCAGAGCCCCUCUGCUGAGCCAGGGGAGCUCGCAUUGCAGCCGUGUCCUGUGCCCCUCUCUUCGCUGAAGCCCACGGCUCUGUUGCUGUUCAGGAGGGGAAGCACACGAGGCUCGCAUGCUGCUCGGGCUGAGGGAAGCGCCUCCGCUUGGCAGAUUCCGUGCUGCCCGUUGAAGAGCAGAUGCGCCUGCCGUGAAAUGGUGACAUUGUUAACUGGGGGGGCUUCUUGCCAUCCCAAACCUGCUGCGACCACACGCUGCGGUACAGGGCCCUUGGGUGGCUCUGCGAAACAGGACGAGUUGCACUUUACCUUUUAUAUAUAUGUAUAAAAACACAUUCAUUCGCGGCAUGAAGAGUCUUGACAGUUCAUACUGUGAAUUUGUUUCAGCGCUAGUAAGGGAAUCUGACUGGAAGAAACGUGUAAUUUAUGGAAUUUGCACAUUUUGAACCCAGAAAAGAUGCAUACCUUGACGAGAGCAGAUGUUGCACAUACAGGGAAUCACCUCUGAAAAUGUAGUUUUGUGACAUAAGAAAUUUUUCAUUUCUGUUUUAUGGGAUUUUUUGGUUUUAGGGGAUCUAAUCCACAGUACUGAUUACAGCAUGUUUUUGGGGAAGUGGGAGCCUGUGACAGCACAGAGCUGCGUUUGAAAUUGUAGUUUCUUUUCUCUGGCUAAAGCCAGUUGCAGUUGGAUUUCUGUAAUUGGCACUUGCUCCUUGCUGGCACUUGGCUUCGAAUCUUAGAAAAGAGCAGCUUCUGUUUUCCCUAAUUUAUGAAGUGUCCCUAACACUCCAGAAUUCACCAGCGGAAUUUUUAGGCUUCAGUGGAAGCAAAAGCAGCGUGUACCUGAGGAAAAGGAGCCUACAAAGUCUAAUCCAGGUACAAGAUUAAUAUUGCACGUGGCUGAGGGAGCCUCUGCUGGGAAGUGCCAGACAGCUUGCAUUAAGCUGUCCCGUUUUUCUCUGCUGCUUACACUGUUUCAGAAUUUGUGGUGUCACUGCGUUUGUUCUCCGUGGCUGUGUUUGCGCAGCGUUGCCAACACCUGAACGUGUUUGUUGCGCAUUUGCCACGGUGACACAUGCAGCAGUUUGCUCCCACUGCCAAAUUCCUCCUUGGUUAUUUGCAUAUCCACUGUCAGGAUGUGAAUUACAGUUCAGCGCCUAAAUCUGACGUGCAAAUGCACAUGUUUGUUUCUGAAGACGUGAGACAUAGUUUGGGUCUGGUUUUGCUACUGAGUUUUUUAAUCCACUGCUUACCUACUGAGAGAAUAAAAGUUGAAGAAUGUAUUCAGAAUCCUG